UUCAGUCGCAUGCCGAACGCAGAGCGUGGCAGACGUUUUGGGUGUAAGGUGGAUCUGUAUUACCCGUCAGCAUUAUGAGUACUUUUGCGUCCAUUCGCUCUCUGAGCAAAACGAAGCAAACCGCACGCAUUGUCAUCAUCGGAGCUGGAACGGCAGGAAUCGCUGCAGCCACUCGACUUCUUGAGCAGGGAUUUAAGAAUGUGUUGUUGUUGGAGGCGGAAGAUCGCAUUGGUGGUCGUAUCAACACCAUUCCAUUUGCGGAUAAUGUCGUCGAUUUGGGAGCUCAGUGGUGUCAUGGCGAAGAGAACAAUGUUGUCUACGAGCGUGUCAAGAAUUUGGAUCUAUUGGAGGCGACCGAGGACCACUACGAGACCUUCAGAUGUGUGCGGUCGAACAAGGAGGUGCUAGCUGAUUCAAUUGCAGACAAUCUGAAAUCGAUUGCAUUUAACUCUAUUCCGGAGCGACAAACGGAGCUAGGCGAUUAUAAAGGAUCCCUAGGGGACUAUUUGACUCAGAAAUACUGGAAAGAGAUGACCAAAUAUCCAGAAGUAAGUCAAAAAAUAGCAGAGGAGUUUCUUGAGAAUUUUCAUAAGUUCGAGAGCUCGGUGGAAGCAGCAGAUCAUUUGUAUGAGGUCUCGGGACGAGGACAUUUGGAGUACUGGCUAUGCGAGGGAGAACUUUUGCUCAACUGGCGGGACAAGGGAUACAAGACUUUCCUGAGAUUAAUGAUGAAUUUCAAGAAGGACGAGCCCGAAGAUCUUGGAAUGCUGAGUGGUCGUGUGCUAUUAAAUAAGCGAAUAGCCGAGAUAAACUGGACAGGUGCUGAUGAAGUGGUUAUCCGUUGCUGGAAUGGAGAAGUCCUGACUGCAGAUCAUGUGAUCUGCACUGUGUCCUUGGGAGUAUUGAAGGAGCAGCAUAAUAAACUAUUCGUUCCCGCUCUCCCUGAGGCCAAGUUGCGAGCUAUCAAAGGAUUAAAGCUGGGCACCGUUGAUAAAUUCUUCCUGGAGUACGCUGCUCCACCCUUACCCAAAGACUGGCCUGGCUUCUGUUGCCUGUGGCUUGAGGAAGAUCUGCAGGAGCUUCGCAGCACCGAGCGGUUUUGGUUGGAGAGUGUCUUUGGCUUCUAUCCAGUGUCCUAUCAGCCUCGCUUGCUACAAGGUUGGAUUAUUGGAGAACAUGCUCGCCACAUGGAGACACUCACCGAAGAGGAAGUGCUUGAGGGAUUGCUCUGGCUGUUCCGCAAGUUCCUGCCCUUCGAUGUGCCCCAUCCAGUGCGUUGUCUUCGCACCCAGUGGCAUGCAAAUCCCAACUUCAGGGGCAGCUACACUUUCCGCACAACCAUGGCAGAUGAGCUACGAACUGGUGCCUGGGAUCUGGAGGCGCCACUGCUUGACGUGGGCGGAAGACCUCGGUUGCAAUUUGCCGGAGAGGCUUCCCACAAACAUUACUACUCGACGGUGCACGGUGCUGCGGAGACGGGUUGGCGGGAAGCGGAACGUUUGAAUACCUAUUAUCGGUCAAAAACUGCACAGUUGUAAUGGGAUGAUAAGCUAUCUUUGAGCUGAUGGAAAGUGUUAAUAAAUGUAUAAAAUGUAUUUAAAAAAA